UGAAGAAAUUUUAAUUUUCAGCCUCAAAUGCAGUCUAUAAAUGCCAUCCUGGUUCUCACUUUCUUCCCCACAGCUCAAACAAUAGGUUCAUCAUCCUGUUUUCUGUCUUUUUAUCUAGUUUAAUUUGAACAUUUUCAAAAUCGUAGUUUAGAAUCGUGGGUGUUAUCACUCACGAAAUUGAGGUUACUAGCCCACUCCCCUCAGCCUAGUUAUUCAAGGCCUUUGUUCUUGAUUUUGACAACCUUUUCCCCCAGUCUGUGCCACAUGCAGUCAAAAGCAUUGAGCUCCUUGAAGGAGAUGGUGGGCCUGGAAGUAUCAGGAAGAUUACUUUUGCUGAAGGUGCUUAAUUUCUGGAUUAAUCUUCAUUCUUACUCUAUAAAUACUACAGCUUCAGGUUCACAUCUCCACACCUCAAAAAUCUCUUUGCAAAAUAUCAAUCAAUUCUAUUUUCACUCCUCUGAUCAUUUCCAAAUCACAAAGCAAUCAUGGGUGUUUUCACUUACGAAUCUGAGGUUGUUACUACAAUCCCACCAGCCAAGAUGUUCAAGGCUUGUAUCCUUGAUGGUGACAAGCUCAUUCCCAAGGUUGUUCCUCAUGCCUUUAAGAGCGUUGAGUACAUUGAAGGCAAUGGUGAGCCUGGCAGCAUCAAGAAAGUUACUUUCGGAGAAGGAAGCCAAUUCAAUUAUGUGAAGCAGAAGAUAGAAGCACUAGACAAAGAAAAUUUUGUAUACAGUUACAGUAUAAUUGAAGGGGAUGCUUUGAUGAACACUCUUGAGAAAAUCACUUACGAGACCAAAUUAGAAUCCUCUGCAGCUGGGGGAUCCAUAUGUAAGACUACUAGUAAGUAUUACACCAUUGACGACUUUGAGAUCAAGGAAGAGGGAAUCAAGGCAGGCAAAGAAAAGGCCUCGGGAAUGUUCAAGGCCAUUGAAGCCUACCUCUUGGCAAAUCCUGAUGCCUACUAAAAAUCCCAAAAUUGAGAAUUUGAGAAAGCAUCCACUUCAAUGAUCAUACAAUGUGGAAUGCAUAUGUGCCUUUUUUUUCUUUUACUUUCUAGUUUUAGCAGUUGUUGGUCCAUAUGACCUUCAUAUUGCUAAUAAGAGUUCACAGUUUAUCUUGGCUACCAGGAAGCUUGAGCUGAAAAUGUCAACUGCCAGUAAUAAAUAAAGGAGCAUUGAAUGUG